AUGUCUACCCUUCAAUCCGCAAUCAACAAGAGCAAUCCGCUCGCCGAAGCCAUCAUCAUCCCUUCCAAGCCCAAAGCUCUCACCGUGAGCUACGCCAACCUCGAAUCCGACGUCUCAGCUUUCCAGCGCAAGCUCGCUGAUCUGGGCAUCACAAAGGCCGCUCCCGUCUCCAUCGCCCUUAUCAACUCCUACGAAUUCAUCGUCUCAUUCCUGGCUGCUUCCUGGCAACGUGGAAUCGCCGCGCCUCUCAACCCGGCUUACAAGCAGGAUGAGUUUGAGUUCUAUAUCGACGACGUCAAGAGCGCCAUUGUCCUCGUUCCCAGAGGUGCGUAUGCGGCUGGUGCGCCUAGUGUAAAAGCGGCCAAGAAGUUCAAUGCUGCCGUUGCUGAGUGCUACUGGGACGAGGCCAAGGGCGAGGUUGCUCUCGAUGUCAAGGACUAUGGCCUCUUGAAGGGUAAGAAGGAAAAGGUCCUCACUGCUGAGCCUGAUGAUGUCGCUCUUAUUCUGCACACUAGUGGCACCACUUCUCGCCCCAAGGUGGUCCCUCUCACUCAUCGCAACUUGACCCGAACCAUGAACAACAUCAAGAACACAUACGAACUCACCCCCAAGGACAGAACCAUGCUGGUCAUGCCUCUGUUCCACGUUCACGGCCUUCUCUGUGGCCUCCUGGCUCCUCUCUUCACCGGUGGUUCCAUGGUCGUUCCCACCAAGUUCUCUGCUUCGGAAUUCUGGACCGACUUCAACACCCACAAGGCCAAUUGGUACACAGCUGUUCCCACGAUCCACCAAAUCCUGCUCAAGAACCCUCCCCCUAGCCCGAAGCCCAACAUUCGCUUCAUCCGAUCAUGCUCCAGCCCUCUGUCGCCUACUGUCUUCCAGCAACUCGAGGAGACAUAUAACGCUCCCGUUCUCGAGGCUUAUGCCAUGACCGAGGCAGCUCACCAGAUGACAUCCAACCCUCUCCCUCCCGCCAAGAGAAAGGCCGGCACCGUCGGUAUCGGUCAAGGUGUCGAGGUCAAGAUUCUUACCGACCAGGGUGAGGAGGUUCCUCAGGGUGCCGAGGGCGAGAUCUGCAUCAUUGGCGAAAACGUCACCAAGGGAUACCUCAACAACGACAAGGCCAACGCCGAAUCCUACCACAAGAACGGCUUCUUCCGAACGGGUGACCAGGGCAAGAAGGACGAGGAUGGCUACAUUAUCAUCACUGGCCGUAUCAAGGAGCUCAUCAACAAGGGCGGCGAGAAGAUCAGCCCCAUCGAACUCGACAACGUCCUCACCCGCCACCCCCAGAUCAGCGAGGCUGUCAGCUUUGCGAUCCCCGACGAGGUUUACGGUCAGGAUAUCGGUGUUGCAGUCGUUCUCAAGAACGGCGAGAAGUUGACUGCACAGGAGCUCAAGGCUUGGGUCGAAGAGCGCUCUGCCAAGUUUAAGGUGCCCAAGAAGGUCUACUUUACCGAGGUGAUGCCCAAGACGGCGACUGGUAAGAUUCAGAGAAGAAUCGUGGCCGAGACUAUGAUGACUGCCCCUAAGGCCAAGCUGUAA